CAACGCAGACCGGUUGUGCUAACUUCGACAGUCACAGCUGCUGAACUGAAAUAGAACAGAGUUAUAGGCGCUCACGGAGGGAAGCACAUAGCUUACUAAACGCACUCCGAUGGGAAGUUGCGCGGAAUGCUGAUUCUAAGGAAGUUUUGCUACAAUUCCUUCACUCCAGACUCAAUGAUGCAUCGGAGGAAGUACAUUUUUAACCUGGAAAAUUGCAAUCGGACGAAAUAAAGCGCAGCGGUCUGUUCAACUCUUGUCACGCGGACAAAAGUGACCGAGGAUCUGUUUAAGGACAAACAUAUUCAGCGUCAGAGGACUCCUGGAGAUUGGAUGCGCUUUUUAGAAGUUCCUGCGCAAUUAUGGGCUGUAAUAAGGUGUGCGUGGCGCUGGUCGGGGCGCUUGUCGUCAUCACGCUCAUCAUUAUUCCCACGGCAAUUUACGUAAACAGAGAUGAGUCUGCAUUAAAGAGAACUUAUUCUUUUUAUGAUUUUUACAAUGAUACCAUCAGGUAUAAAACAUACAGUAUCCACUGGAUAUCAGACAAUGAAUACCUCCACAAAACCAGCGAAGGCCAUAUUUACGUGCACAAUGCUGAAACGAAGGAAAGCUCAAUGUACCUGAGCAACUCAACAUUUGCCCAAGUGGAUGCCACAGAUUACAUAUUGUCAGCAGACAGAAAGUUUGUCGUCUUUGAGAGCAAUUACUCAAAGCUAUGGCGACACUCCUUCACUGCAUCCUACCAUAUUUACAACAUGGAGUCUCAGGAAUUUCUCUCCAAGGUUCAGAUUCCACCUGUAACACAGUUCUUAGUGUGGGCACCAAUAGGAAAUAAAUUGGCUUACGUCUGGGAAUAUAAUAUUUACCUCAAAAAGGACGCCACUGCUGAGGCCGUACAAGUCACUCACAAUGGAAAAGUCAACGAAAUUCACAAUGGGGUUCCAGACUGGGUUUAUGAAGAGGAAGUUUUUGCAUCCAACGAAGCCAUCUGGUGGUCUCCGCAGGGGAAAUAUCUGGCUUACCUACAAAUCAAUGACACUGGAGUUCACAACAUUGAAUACUCAUUGUAUGGAAAUGACCAGUAUCCCACCACAGUAUUUAUCCCCUACCCAAAAGCAGGCUGUGUUAUUCCCAGAGCAAGGCUGUUUGUGAUUGACGUGGAAAAUCCAUCCAAACAAUCAGAAGUGGUGGUACCGAAAUCUGUCGGAUCAGGCGAUCACUAUCUGAGAACAGUCACCUGGGUCACAGAUGAGCGUCUAGCUGUUCAAUGGCUGCCACGCCGACAGGACAGCGUCCUUCUGCAGAUCUAUGACUAUGAUGGCACCAACUGGAAAGAAACCUCGAAAUUUGAGCAAAAGAGCAAAACUGGAUGGGUUGGACGGUACUUUCCUGCAGCUCCUUACUUUGCUGCAAAUAACAUGAGUUUUUACAAAGUUAUGAGCAAUGACAAAGGUUAUAAACAUCUCCACUAUGUGGAUGCCGGAAAAGCAACACCCAUCACCUCAGGCAAAUGGGAAGUGAUAUACAUCUCAAAAGUAACCAAAGAUUCCAUAUACUACGUGAGUAAUGAACACAUGGGAAGACCUGGACAGAGAAACCUUUACAAAUAUGGCGGUCCAGCCAGUCAGAAUACAGACUAUGUGUUUCGACUGGAGUGGGCCACGUACCUGUGCAGCACAGAGAAGGUCAUCAUCGCCAGCUUUGAUGGCAGGGGAAGUGGUUACCAGGGUGAUGAGAUAAUGCAUGCCAUCUACGGCCGGCUGGGAACGUACGAGGUGGAAGAUCAGAUCUCGGCCGUGAGAAAAUUCAUUGAAAUGGGUUUCAUUGACAAAAACAGAAUUGGCAUGUGGGGUUGGUCAUACGGUGGCUAUGUGACUUCCAUGGUUCUGGGAUCAGGAAGUGGACUGCUCAAAUGUGGAAUUGCCGUGGCUCCUGUCGCUAAGUGGGAGUAUUAUGAUGCCGUAUAUACAGAGAGAUACAUGCAUCGCCCUGAGGAAAACAUGGAAAGUUAUAAAAAUUCUACAGUGACCGACAGGGCAAAAAAUUUCAAGUCAGUGCAAUACAUGCUGGUGCACGGCACUGCAGACGACAACGUCCACUUCCAGCAGGCUGCCCAAAUUUCUAAAGCCCUGGUGGAAAAUCAAGUUGAUUUUGAAGCAAUGUGGUACACCGAUAAGGAUCAUGGACUGUCUGGUAAAGCGCGUUACCACCUCUACACACACUUGAACCAUUUCCUGCAGAACUGCUUUGCUGAGAAAAAAUAAAUGGACAUAUUGAUGCAUUAUGAAGACAAAAAUGUUCCUCUUACAUUGACACAAACACUGUUAAUGACAGAUGCUUGACAUGUUAGUCUGUAUGUACUGUAGAACAUGUUGAUGGGAACAAACUCUUAUGUCAGAGUCAAUGACAUUUACAUGUAAGAUUUUAUAUUAUUCUUUUAAUAUGUGGAAUUUGUAUUAGCUGUUGUUUUUCUUAUCAAAUUGCUGUGAUGAUUACGCUACGAAUGUGACCUGAUAUGAAUGCAGUGUAUCUCACAGAAUUCUGGCAUGUUUUAUAAUGUUACAUCUACAAAUCGAUUGUGGAAGCCAUUGUUUUAUGCAGUUGUGUUUAUGCACUGACUUCAGUGUGUGGUCUGAGCAUGUCUGUAAGAAAACUGAUCAAGUGAAACAUUCUGGAUUUGAAUGCCUCAUGCUUCAUACAUCCUGAAAACUGAAUGAAAAAAGAAAGAACAAUA